CGGGCGGCGGCGACGGCGGGUGGCGUCUGGGGCGCCUCCGGCGGACGGUGGCGGCGCCGGGCAGAGAGGCCGCGGCUGCCUGGGUCGUCGGGGGACGGCGGUGAGCUCGGGCCUGGGCGGCGGCGGCCGGGGGCGCAAGCGGAGCCCCGCGCCGGACACAGAACCUCGUCUCAGGCGGCCGCGGCUUUUGAUGAGCUACAGGCCGGCGGAGACGCAGACUCGCUCGUCCCCUGGCGGCCCGCGGACGCUGACGCUCUCCGCGCGGACCCUCGCCCCGGCCCCGGCCCCGGCCCCGACCCCAACCCCGGCCCUGACCGCCGCCGCGUGUGUGUUUCAGGCCCCAGCGCCCGGCUAUGGCCGCGGCCACCAUAGUCCACGACACGUCUGAGGCGGUGGAGCUGUGCCCCCCGUACGGCCUGUACCUGAAGCCCAUCACCAAGAUGACCAUCAGCGUGGCUCUCCCGCAGCUGAAGCAGCCGGGCAAGUCCAUCUCCAACUGGGAGGUGAUGGAGAGGCUCAAGGCCAUGGUGCAGCACCACCAGUUCUCCACGCUGCGCAUCUCCAAGAGCACCAUGGACUUCAUCCGCUUCGAGGGCGAGGUGGAGAACCGCAGCCUGGUCAAGGCCUUCCUGGCUUGCUUGGACGGCAAGACCAUCAAGCUCAGCGGCUUCUCCGACAUCCUCAAGGUGCGCGCGGCCGAGUUCAGGAUCGACUUCCCCACGCGCCACGACUGGGACUCCUUCUUCCGCGACGCCAAGGACAUGAACGAGACGCUGCCGGGCGAGCGGCCCGACACCAUCCACCUGGAGGGCCUGCCCUGCAAGUGGUUCGCGCUCAAGGACUCGGGCUCCGAGAAGCCCAGCGAGGAGGUGCUGGUGAAGGUGUUCGAGAAGUUCGGGGCGAUCCGCAACGUGGACAUCCCCAUGCUGGACCCCUACCGCGAGGAGAUGACCGGCCGCAACUUCCACACCUUCAGUUUCGGGGGCCACCUGAACUUCGAGGCGUACGUGCAGUACCGCGAGUACGUGGGCUUCAUCCAGGCCAUGAGCGCCCUGCGCGGCAUGAAGCUCAUGUACAAGGGCGAGGACGGCAAGGCGGUGGCCUGCAACAUCAAGGUUUCCUUCGACUCCACCAAGCACCUGAGCGACGCCUCCAUUAAGAAACGGCAGCUCGAGAGGCAAAAGCUGCAGGAGCUGGAGCAGCAGAGGGAGGAGCAGAAGCGCCGGGAGAAGGAGGCCGAGGAGAGGCAGAGGGCGGAGGAAAGGAAGCAGAAGGAGCUGGAGGAGCUGGAGCGGGAGCGGAAGCGGGAGGAGAAGGUGCGGCGCCGGGAGCAGAAGCAGCGGGACCGCGAGCUGCGCCGCCAGCAGAAGAAGCUGGAGAAGCAGCAGGCGGAGGAGCAGCGGAAGCUGCACGAGAAGAUCCGGCUGGAGGAGCGCAAGCUGCUGCUGGCGCAGCGCAACCUGCAGUCCAUCCGCCUGGUGGCCGAGCUGCUGAGCAGGGCCAAGGCCGUGAAGCUGCAGGAGCAGGAGCACCGCGAGGAGGCGCUGCGGCUGCAGCGGCUGGAGGAGCGGCGGCGGCUGCAGGAGGCCGAGCUGCGGCGCGUGGAGGAGGAGAAGGAGCGCGCGCUGGGGCUGCAGCGCCGGGAGAGGGAGCUGCGCGAGCGGCUGCUCACCAUCCUGCUGAGCAGGAAGCCGGACGAGCCGCCGGCGCGCGACGAGCUGGGGGUGGCGCACGCGGACCUGCUGCAGCCCGUGCUGGACAUCCUGCACACGGUGUCGGCCGGCUGCGCGGGCGCCGCCGCCGCCCUGCACCCCCUGGGGGCCCCGCCGGCCCCCGGCGCCCCGAAGCAGACGCCGCCGCGCCCGGACGCCGACAGCGCGCCCCGCGGCGUCAACGGCAGCCUGGCCGAGGGCGCGCCCUGCCGCGAAGGCGUGGGCGCGCGGCGCGGCGCGGCGGACGACGGCUCCCCGGACAAGCGCUGCCCCGGCGUCCUCGCCUGCAUCCCCGACAACAACCAGCAGCCCAAGGCCGCGCCCGCCGCCGCCGCCUGUGAGCAGAGCGCGCCCAGGAAGGACGCGCGCUCCGAGCAAGACAAGUGCAACCGCGAGCCGAGCGGGGGCCGCGGCCGGGCCAGCGGGGGCCGCGGGGACGACGACAGGCACCAGCGGGAGCGCAGCCGGCCGCGGCGGGCGGGCAGCCGCGACGACGCGCGGACCCCGCGGAAGGAGCGGCGGCGCCACCGCAAGCACGCGCGCCCGGACGACAGCCCCCCGCGGCGCAGCGCCAGCCCCGAGCGCGCGCGCGCACGCCGGUCCCACAGCAGAGAGCGCUCCAGCCGCCGGGAGCGCAGCCGGGACCGCAGGGGCGGCUCGGGGCGCAAGCGCAGCCGCCACCGCCGCGGGGACCGCGACCGCUCGCGCUCAGGGUCGCCCGGCCGGCACCGCAGCACCUGGAACAGGUAAUGCAGGCCGUCCCGCCCCCCUCUCCUCCCCCCGCUCCCACCCACCCCCAUCCCGCGAAGACCGGGACCGGGGAGCCGCCGCGGAGCGCACGGCCCCGGGGCCUCCCGGGCGGCUGGACCCCGCGCUUCCGGUGUCCUGCGGGCGGUGGCCGCGGCGGCGGUGGCGGCCUGGGCCUCGCUCGCCAGCUUUGGUUUCCCCCGAAACUGUUCAUCUGAUAGCUUUAACUUCACCACGUCCCUCGCAAUCACGGAGAGUGCGCCGGCCGGCGGCGGCGGCGACCAGUGUGCAGCCACCGCGCCAUUUCUGUCCCGCUUGUGACUCCCGCGCGGGUAGCGACGGCACGCGAGGCCCGUGGCCCGUCGCUGGGGACAAACUGCGGAGGACGCACGGCCAGGCCCUCCCCCCCUCCCAAAACCAGGGCCCCGAGAACUUGAGAGCGCCUUGCCCCGGUGGUGGUUUCGCGGGUUUUCCUUCGCAAUUUCAGCUGCUCGGGAGGCGCGCUUGGGGGGUGCGCCGGCAGAACCCAGAGGUCCGGCCGGUGCCUGGCGGCCGCGUGCAGGCGGGCGGGUCCUGAAGGGGGCAAGUUGCCACGUGCCGUCCCGCGCUCUUCCUCGCCUCACACACUUGCGCGUCGCAAACUGGUGACGAAGCCGAAAGGAAAAAAAAGAAGAUGGGUCAAAAGCUUUGGUUCCUCCUCAAGAAUUAGCGUGUGUGGUUUUUUUAAGAAGCUGUUUUGCUAAAUUAUUUUUACUUGGAACGUUUCAAACAGAUUUAAGGCUACACACUUGUUAAAUUUUAUAAUCAUUUGCUUCCCCAGGUGAAGCACGAGAGAUACUUAAAAGCAGCUGUAAUGUUUGCGUGAGGGAAGAUGGUGUUUAUUCCAGUUUGCAUUUUUUGUGAAAUAAAAUUUUUUUCCAAUGAA